CACACACACACACAUAUAUAUAUAUAAAUUUAUUGUGUAUUAAUGCAAAUAUUCACGUAUAUUUCAGAAAGAACGCACGUGUAUAAUUAUUUUUCUAGCCUUCAUAAUAGACCUGCUGUCUCCGGACCAGUGUAAUAGCAUUUGAUUCUGUUCUCUUCGGUUAAUUGGUCUAUGACUGAAUAUAUCUGAAGGUGGUUCUGACAACAGUGGCCGGCAUUUCCUCCCCAAACCUACUUUAGCAUAGAUCUUGCAAACAUUUAUGUUGAAAUUCGGAUUUAAUAUUAUGUCCAGCAUACAUCCCCGUGUUUUUUUUUCCCGUCUCCUCUGUUGUACAGUGGUCUCCUGCACAGAGCAAAUAACAUUUGUAAGGAUGAGUUAAUGGGAAACUUGUCAGGAAAUCCCUGUGUGGACAAUAGAAUUAAUCCGAUUGACCUGCACAAUCAGCUCUUUCGACUGACAUUCUCAAUUGAGUUUGGUGAUUUAUUUAAAGAGUCUGCUAAUUGCAAGGAACUUAACUUAAUUAAUUCACAAUUCACAUAUGCGCGCUUUUCACACCAUCUCGCGCUAACCCCCGCAAGAGCCAAUAUGGUUUAGGUUGUCAUCUGCAGUUCUGGCGGAUGACGUCAGCCGGGUAUAAAGCAGUGGAGAACUUGGGAUGGACCACAAAAACAAGUGACUGUAGCGAUUGAUUGUACUGGAAAUCGGAUCAGCGAACGGGGUCGGUAAAUUAAUAGUUUUCUUGAAGACCAUCGACCCCAGAGCAGACUUUGUUUUACACCGAGCUAACAACCGAAGUACUAACCUAUUUGUGUCUUCGUAUUUGUGUGUGAUGCCUGCUGGCAUGUUCAGCAUCGACAGUAUUCUGGCUGGGAGACCCAGUUGCAAGGAAUCCGUAGUCCUGCAUCGGAGUACUCCGGUCGUGUUUUCCAGUCUGGCUGACUCUAUGUACACGGCUGCUGACUUUAACGGACUCUAUUCGCAUUCUUCGGGAAGCUCACCUGCAAACAUUCAGCCACUUGGCGGAACGAGGAUUGGGUACAACAACUAUUACUACGGGCAGCUUCAUGUACAGGGGCCCGGCGGCCCAGCCUGCUGCGGUGCGGUAUCAGCCAUCGGUUCACAGCAGUGUCCAUGCAUUCCAACAGGUUAUGAAAGUGCCGGCUCGAUGCUUCUCUCACCCCUACCUCACCAGAUGAUGUCCUACAUGAAUAUGGGUACCCUGUCAAGGACUGAGCUCCAGUUAUUGAACCAGUUGCACUGUCGUCGGAAGAGGAGACACCGGACGAUCUUCACCGAUGAACAACUGGAAGCCUUGGAGAACCUUUUCCAGGAAACCAAAUACCCAGAUGUUGGCACAAGAGAACAGCUGGCGAGGAGAGUGCACCUUCGUGAAGAGAAAGUGGAGGUGUGGUUCAAAAACAGAAGGGCAAAAUGGAGAAGACAGAAAAGAUCAUCAUCGGAAGAGUCAGAAAAUUUGCAAAAAUGCCACAAAUCAUCUAAAACAGCAGGAGGGAAAAAAGAUGAAGGAAAAAGUGACGUGGAUUCAGAUAGCUGAUAUUUAAAUAAAUCCAACAGAAAAUGCCGAAGAUGUGGAUACGUAGUUCAUGCACAUUAAUAGAGAUACAUUUUGUAGAUAUUGUAAAUGGUUAAAUACUGUGUGGAAGUACGUACUAAAAUUCGUUGCGAUGAUGUUGCACAGAUGUAUAGUAAAUAUUACUUUUAUUAUUGAUAUUUAUGUUUAAUUUAAGAAAACUGUAAUGCAGGAACACUCACACAAGCAUCUUUAUUACUGAUGUGUGCAUAGUUUUGAGUCUGACGUCUUUCCUCGAUUAAUAAAUAUUACAUGCCAUAAUUGAUGUAUUUUUGUACGCUCAGCGCAGACUGUACAGAUUCAUGGAAAAAAAACGAAUACGCAUGCAUUUCCAUUUACAUGGUAUUUAAAGUGAAGAGAAUAUUGACUGGGAUAUUUAUUUUACUUUUUAUUUUUUAAAAUAAGCAAGUCAAGUAUGCAUUCUUUAAUUUCGGUCCUGGAUGUAAUUCGUUUUUAACUUUAUAUUGUAAAACCUUAUUUUUCGUUAAGAAUGACUAACGGAACAGUUCCACUCAUUAAAUGAACG